AUCAAUAUCAGCCGACAAAACACGUGUGUAUGUGUGAGUAAUAAUUAGUCAGAGCAGACCGGAGCGGGGUAAGAGUUUGUCCGGGGUGGGCGGAGUCUGUUCCCGCUGCAUGUUGUCAUCACGGAGGUAGGUGCUGGAUGGGUAUCGCUAUGGUCCGUACGACUUCAGUCUGGAGGCUGAGACUGAACGAGGGAGAUGUGAGAGCGACUACCGCCUACUUCAGCUGGUUUUUACCCUUUAAAGGAUAACUAACAGAAGCCGGACAGGACUCCGCUCACACUGGAAGAUCCAACUGUUAUUCUGCAUUGGUGGCACGCUGUGAGGAAAGACGUCACUCCGCUGUGCCUCAGUGCUCCUCAGACACUUGCCCUUGACAUCCAAAUGCUGUGUGUCGAUUGUCAUGCCACCCGCCUUCUGUGAGUUAUGACGGCGGCUGCUUCAUUGACUCAGGAAGGAGGCUCCUCCUCCACUCACCAGUGAACAAAUCACAGGAUGUAAUGAAGAAGGGUCCUGAAAGUCUGCUCUUCAAGGAGUCUGCCAGCAGGAUAUGAGUAUUUUGAGCCCUGUGACAGAUAACAAAUCAAACCUUGUGGGAAUUGUGGGAGGCCCAGAAGAAUACUCCAGAGCCAUGCAGUCAGAGGAGCUAUUCAGCAGGAAACUCAAAGCCUUGAAUGGCAGCAUGGGACCACCAACCUCAGGCAUGCAGGGGAAACCUGAUGGUGCAGGCAAAACAAAUGGUACCCCAGCCAUGCCUAAAAUGGGUGUCAGGGCCAGGGUGACAGAAUGGCCCCCGAGGAAAGAUGGAUGGGACGGGCGGCCUUCGCCGAACUAUCAGAGCGUGAUACCAAUUUUUCAGAACGGCCAGCAGGAACAUACUGUGGAAAUACUAGAGCCUGGCGAGACGGUCUGUCUGGAGAUGGACUACACAGACAAAUACACACUGAGCGACCUUCUCAGCAACUCCCCGCUGAAGGGUCUCCACCCUAUCCGUCAGCGGAGCAACAGCGAUGUCACCAUAAGUGACAUAGACUCUGAGGACAUAAUGGACCAGAACGCUGUCAACCCAAACACUGGAGCGUCGCUGCACCGUGAGUACGGCAGCACAUCCUCUAUUGACCGUCAGGGCCUGAGUGGGGAUGGUUUCUUCACCAUGCUGAGGGGAUACCGAGUGGACACCCUGGACCACCGGAGCGUACCACCUCUGGGUUUCCCAGAAUUGUUGCGCUGUGAUGCCCCCUUUUCUCCCAGCUUGCAGACGGCAGCACAAAUCGCUAGGGGUGAGAUAGUCCACAUUCCAGGCUACGAUUACAUAGACAGUUCUCUCCUAUAUAGCCGGGAACGGGAGAAGUCCUUCAUGAGACGUCUUAAAUCGGAGUCAUCAGAAACAUCUCUGUUCAGGAAACUGCGAACCAUUAAGAGCGAGAGCGACGCAUUGAGACUCUCAAUCGAGGAUGACAGGCGACCUCUCAGCUUUCAAAAAUGCUUUGCCCACUACGAUGUCCAGAGUGUACUUUUUAACAUCAGUGAGGCGGUGGCAAGCAGAGCUAACCUGAGCCAGAGGAAGAACACUACUACCGGGGCUUCAGCUGCCUCCGCUGGAAUAGGGCCUGGAGCUAGUGGAGUGUCCGGAGGUGGAGCUGGGGCCGGAACUGGAGCAGGGGCAGAUGGCGGAGCAGCAGGAUGUAGCAGUGGAAAUCCCCCCAUGUUUGAGUCUCCACUGGGCAGCAGGGAGGAUUUGAAUCCGAAGGAGAACCUGGAUGUGGAUGAGGGCGAUGGGAAGAGCAACAGCUUAGUCCUGAGCUGUCCACACUUUCGUAAUGAGAUCGGUGGCGAGGGCGAGAGGAAAAUCUCCCUGUCCAGAGCCAACAGUGCCAACUACAGUGGUGUGUCAGAGAGCUGCUCUUUUGAAUCAUCUCUAAGCUCCCACUGCACCAAUGCAGGAGUCUCUGUACUGGAGGUGCCUCGAGAAAACCAGCCAAUCCACAGGGAGAAGGUCAAACGCUACAUCAUUGAGCACAUUGACCUUGGGGCGUACUACUACCACAAAUACUUCUAUGGGAGAGAGCAUCAAAACUAUUUUGGGGUGGAUGACAAUCUGGGACCUGUGGCAGUCAGUGUACGCAGGGAGAAGCUGGAUGAAGGAAAGGAGAAGGAAGGAAUGCAGUACAACUAUCGGGUCACCUUCAGAACCAGUCAGCUGACCACCCUCCGUGGAGCCAUCCUGGAGGAUGCAAUUCCAUCCACGGCAAGACAUGGAACAGCUCGCGGCCUUCCGCUCAAAGAAGUGCUUGAAUACGUCAUCCCUGAGCUGAAUAUCCAGUGUCUGAGGCUGGCCCUCAACUCUCCCAAGGUCCCAGAACAGCUCCUCAAGCUGGAUGAGCAGGGGUUAAGCUUCCAGCACAAGGUCGGGGUGCUUUACUGUAAGGCGGGACAGAGUACAGAAGAAGAGAUGUACAACAACGAGAGUGCUGGACCGGCGCUGGAAGAAUUCUUAGAUCUGCUCGGCCAGAGGGUGCGGCUCAAAGGCUUCACCAAGUACAGAGCUCAGCUGGAUAACAAGACUGACUCCACGGGCACACACUCUCUUUACACUACCUAUAAGGACUACGAGCUGAUGUUUCAUGUGUCCACCAUGCUCCCCUACACGCCCAACAACCGACAGCAGUUAUUAAGGAAGAGGCACAUUGGCAAUGACAUCGUCACCAUAGUGUUCCAGGAGCCCGGGGCCCUUCCUUUCACUCCAAAGCACAUCCGUUCUCAUUUCCAACAUGUGUUUGUCAUCGUCAAAGUCCACAACCCCUGCACUGAUAACGUCUGCUACAGUGUGGCCGUGUCCAGAUCGAAAGACGUGCCUCCCUUUGGCCCUCCUAUUCCCAAGUCUGUAACUUUCCCAAAGUCAGCAGUGUUCAGGGACUUCCUGCUCGCCAAGGUCAUCAAUGGAGAGAACGCUGCACACAAGUCAGAGAAGUUCCGAGCCAUGGCGACUCGUACACGGCAGGAGUACCUGAAGGACUUAGCCGAGAACUUUGUCAGUACGGCUACUAUAGACUCAGCUGUCAAAUUCAGCUUCAUCACCCUCGGAGCAAAGAAGAAGGAGAAGGUGAAACCUAGGAAAGAUGCACAUCUGUUCAGUGUGGGAGCCAUCACCUGGAGCGUCUGUGCCCGAGACUUUGGCCAGUCGAUGGACGUGUACUGCUUGCUCGGCAUAUCAAAUGAGUUUAUUGUGCUCAUUGAGGAGGAAUCAAAAAAUGUGGUCUUCAACUGCUCGUGUCGUGACGUCAUCGGAUGGACCUCAGGGAUUAUGAGCAUUAAGAUCUUCUAUGAGCGCGGGGAAUGUGUCAUGCUGUCUGCACAUGAUAACUGUGGAGAAGACAUACGGGAGAUGGUGCAAAGACUAGAGAUCACCACCAGAGGUUGUGAGACGUCAGAGAUGACUUUGCGUCGGAACGGACUCGGCCAGCUCGGUUUCCACGUCAAUUUUGAGGGCAUCGUGGCUGAUGUGGAGCCCUUCGGCUUCGCCUGGAAAGCAGGGCUGAGACAGGGCAGCCGGCUCGUAGAGAUCUGCAAGGUGGCUGUUGCUACGCUGACUCAUGAGCAGAUGAUAGACCUACUGCGCACAUCUGUCACUGUCAAAGUGGUUAUAAUCCAGCCUCAUGAAGACGGCACUCCCCGAAGGGGCUGCUCCGAGCUCUACCGCAUACCAAUGGUGGAGUACAAAGUUGACAGCGAGGGUACACCCUGUGAAUACAAGACACCCUUCCGGAGAAACACCACCUGGCAUCGAGUGCCCACAGCUGCUGGACCACCUCUCUCCCGAGGCUCGCCCACUCAGGGCCCUGACCGCCUGCAGUGCCAGCAGAUCCUCCAACAGCACCAGGCAGCGAUCCCACGAAGCACCUCCUUUGAUAGAAAGCUGCCAGAUGGGUCCAGGACAAUGCAGGAUAUGGAGAAUCCCCAAGUCACCUCAUGCAACAAAGGAGACCAGCACUACCGCAGCUCCCCCAGCAACCAGUCGUCCUCCAGUGAUCCAGGACCCUGCGGCAGCGGCACCUGGUCCCAGCAGCCUGGAUAUGAUGGGUGCCCCUCUCCCAUUCUCCAUGAGCGGCCAGGGGACAUGCAGGGGGGAGACGGAGAGAGCCACAGGGAGCGAGAGCCCACUCUGGAGAGGACCAGGUCUGCAGAGGCCAAAUGGCACAUCCCCUCCACCAAGAUCCUGAACCCUCUGAAGCAAAGAGAAGGAGGAAAAGACUCGCCCAACAAGCUGUCCAGGACGGGUGAUAAAAACUCGAGCCACUCAAGUAGCAACACUCUUUCAAGCAACGCCUCCAGCAACAGCGACGAUAAGCACUUUGGCUCUGGAGACUUGAUGGACCCAGAGAUGCUGGGCCUCACUUACAUCAAAGGGGCAUCCACAGACAGCGGCAUAGACACUAAUCCUUGUGUGGCCCCUGGGGCCCGGGUGUUGCUGCAGGGCAGGGUGGGGGAGCAGGGACAACCCUGGGUGUCGGAGCACCAUGAGGACGGGACGUCGGAAGAGGAUCACGGGAAGCUGUACUUACCACAGGGCUACGCUUCUGCCAUCAUGUCUAGUCAUGUGACAGAGGGCAGCAUUGGAGACCUGAGUGAGAUCUCAUCCCAUUCAAGUGGCUCACACCACUCUGGCAGUCCUCUGGCCCGCGGUGCCAGAUACUGUAUAUCCGCUGACUCGUCCAAGGUGUACACCAUCCCCCAGACCAGCAGCUCAGGGUCAGAGCCGGGGCCGGAGCCCGAGUCUGGGCCCAGCUCAGAGGCCUGUGGACAGACACGAACACAGGCCAGUUGCAAACUCCCAGUGGGCAUGACGACGACUGAUGAUGAUGAUGACGAUGAAGAUGCCCACAGCACUGAGGGACCUCCCAGCAUUUCAGAGUGUGGGCAGCUAUAUGCGCAAGAGGCUGCCUGCCGGCUACAAGCUGAUGGAAAAUCACUGCAGAGACUUUCAAAAGAGGAAUACCUUAAAAUGAUGCUGCCCGGCAGCCCACCAGGAGAAGACAGGAAUCGGAAGGUGUCAACCGUGGGCAGUCUGUCUCCCAGACGCUCCCUGUACCGAACGCUGUCGGAUGAGAGCGUGUGCAGCAACCGUAAAGGCUCGUCGUAUGCCAGCUCACACAGCUCCAUGCUGGACCAAGCCAUGCCUAACGACAUCCUGUUCAGCACUACUCCGCCGUACCACAGCACGCUGCCUCCUCGCAUGAUCCACAACCAGGGAGCGUCCAACCUGCGGAAUGAGUUUUGGUUCUCUGACGGCUCCUUGGCGGACAGGUCCAAGUUCAGCGACCCAGGCCUCAUGCCCCUCCCAGACACUGCCUCAGACCUGGACUGGUCUCACCUGGUUGAUGCAGCACGAGCCUUCGAAGACCAGCGCGUGGCGUCUUUCUGCACCAUGACAGACAUGCAGCGGGCCGAGGCUCUGCAGAUCUCGAGAGAGCUGACCAGACGAGUGGUGCAGGCGGAGGGAGCAGCGCUGGAAGCGGACAGCUCUCCUUCAACAUUAACCGGCAAAGUCAACCAGUUGGAAGUGAUCCUCAGGCAGCUGCAGCAUGACCUCAGAAAGGAGAAAGAGGAUAAGGCAAUGUUACAGGAGGAGGUGCAACACCUGAGACAGGACAACAUGCGACUCCAGGAGGAAAGCCAGACGGCGGCAGCUCAGCUCAGGAAGUUCACAGAGUGGUUCUUUCACACCAUCGAUAAGAAACCCUGAGAGAGAGAGAGAGAGAGAGAGAGAGAGGUAAAGAUAAAGAAAGAGAGAGAGAGAGAAAAAACGAGAGACCUGCAGAGACAAAGGAGAGAGAGCAAGAUGGCCUUCACUCCUCCUGGGCACCCACUCAACUCCUACUUAAGACUCCCAGAUGAUCCACAGGCAAACUCUAAAACAAACCAUUACCAGCCCCAAGAGUAAUCAAGACUCUUUAAAAAGCCCCAUGCUUAGGAGACUGUUGUGCAGCCCUGUGUGAGAGACUUGAAACCCUGAUCUGGACCUUCGGUUUUGGAUCCUUCCCUGUCUGAAGUGUUUCUGAUGGUAACGGUUUCUUUCUCCUGGCAAACGAGACUCUUGGGAAACCUCCUCAUCUCCGGCGCUGGAGACGAAUUGAGAAUGGCAACCCCCGAGGCCCCCGCCUGAGUCCUUGGGAUCUUCUUACAGUAGUGGAAUGUAAAGCUCUUUUACUGUAGUCAACAUAUAAUCUACCUACGUAUGUCGUGUCAGUCUACUGUACUGUAUACUCAGCUGUACUGUAUCAUACUGCACACACUGUCACACAGCUGUUUCUGUGCCGGCCUUCACGGACACAGGAAAGUAGAAGGGCGAGGCGAGAGGGAGGAGGGGAGGAGGAAUGUACUGGACAUAAUGAAGUGGUACUUACUGUCUGCUUGCACCAAGAGGAGUCCACAUGUGGCGGUCUUGAAACGUACAGUGGGGGGAAAAUGAAUGUAGCUCAACUGAAACCCCUUGGUUUUUUUUUGUUUUGUUUUUUUUGCUCUGGAUUUCUGGUUCCCAAAGUCAAAAGUUUUGAGGUUUGAUGUUUUGAGAUUUUUCUUUGAUUUAAUUCCACCUUUUUGUUUUCCUCUGUGUUGUAACGUAGGGUCACAUGGCAGUAAUUUUGAUGUUUAAAGGUGCUUUUUCCCUACACACGUUUGUCAGUAGUUUCCAUUCACUGUCACAAUGUCCUAGCAAUAACAAAGUGGUAGUUACAAAACUGUGUUUAAAAAAAAAAAAAAGACGUUAGCACAAACGUGAAGAGUUCCUGUCAAGAAGCAGUUGUAUUUGACAUGUAUUUAUCAAACAGGAAGAGACUGUGCCUAAAACUCUUGGUUGUAAAUGGAUUGUUUCUCUUUGCUUUUAGUUCUCUUUUCUAAACACAUGCCUUGUCUGUGGCUCACUGACAUAAAAUCAUGUAUGUGAAUGUGUCUGUGUGUAUGUGAGUAUGACUGGUUGUGUGUAGUUUAUCACAGCAAACUAUGUUCUUAUGCAGUGGUUUCUAGAGCAUUAGAGCAAGCGCCAGUGAACCACACUUACAAUGCCAAAUGUGUUUAUUUCUGUACAUAUCUGCCACAGAAGUGUCUUGUAUUUAACACUAUUAUUUAAGCUUAUUUAACCUAAAGUUGUUUAUUUUAUUGAGGGUUUUUUUCUGCACUAAGGAGAGAUAAAGCUCUGUGUAUGUUGUAAAGUGUGUAGCUUGCCAGGGCGAAAAAAAUAUAUAUUUAAAAAUAUAUAAAUGAUGAUUUUGGAGAUUCCAACAUUUGGAUGCUGCUAGAUUACAGUUUGCUGGUUUGUAUGCUUUUAAAUAUGUCUCUCUCCAUCAACUGUCUCAUCCCUGGUGGGACAUGGGUUGCUUUUUUGGUUUGGUUGUUUUUUUUUGUUUUUUUUAAUAAAUGUAGUUGUAAAAAUACAA